AGGAAGAGAGGGAGUGACUAUGGGGUGUGCCUCGUCGAAGCGGAUUGAGGCAACUCUCGCCGCCGAUGUCUACCGCCCGGCACCGACAAGCUUCGCCGUCUUUGACAUCAACGCCAUCGAAGAGCCUUGGUUGAAAGCCGAUGGUCCACAGCAACAACAGCAGCAGCAGCAGCAGCAGGAGAAACCCACGAUUGUACCGGCGCCCAUACUUGAGAAGCUUGAUGCAUUCGAUCUGGAAUCCAAAGGCCCUCACUCAUGGUCCGAAGUCAGCAAAGCUUUAGAAGACCUCAAACCCACCAUCGACAACAACCCAGUUGUGGAUCCACAGAAACAUUCCUCACCUAAACCCUCCGAUCUGAUCUCCUCAAAUUCCAAACCAACGCCACCACGCAAGACCGUCUCCUUCCACACCCUCGAAGAACUGGACUCGAAGCUGACAUCGCCCAAGCCAACUCAGCUCAAGAAAGCCGAUUCCAUGACUCGUCUCAAUGAUAACAAGAAGCAGCACGAGUUGAAGAAAACGGAGCCCAACGAUUCCGCCGGUGGAUUUAAGCCAGUGAAAGAGAAUAUAUUCAUCUUGAAAGACAGAUUGGAGAGGGAAAAAGAAGGCAACAAGAAUUCCAACUUGGAACCUCGUCUCCUUACACUUAGAAGGGAACCACUCAGUGAAUAUGCAGAGAAGUGUCCACCUGGUGGUGCCGAUUCGGUGGUACUCUACACCACCACGUUACGUGGGGUGCGCCGCACGUUCGAAGAUUGUAACCAAGCUAGGUCGUUAUUGGAAGGACAUCAAGUGGCCAUCGACGAACGAGACGUGUCGUUGCACGGUGAGUUCCUGAACGAGUUGAGGGAAUUGUUAGGUGAAGAGGGAAACGUGAUUGUGCCGGUGCCGAGGUUGUUUGUGAAGGGGAGAUACAUAGGAGGAGUAGAUGAGAUGGUGGAGUUGAACGAGUCGGGUCGACUCGGUCGGAUGAUGAGAUUGGUUGGGAUGAAUGGGAGUUGGAGAGAGUGUGAAGGGUGUGGGGGUGCAAGGUUUUUGCCAUGCUUGGAGUGUGGAGGAAGCUGCAAGGUAUUGAAAGGGGAUAAGAAGGAGAGGUGCCCUAAAUGCAACGAGAAUGGAUUAGUUAUGUGUCCUCUUUGUCAUUGAUCCCUCUCUCUCUCUCU